AUGGACGUGGACGUGAACGUGGACGUGGACGUGGACAUGGACGUGGACGUACACGUGCACGUAGAAGUGGACAUGGUCGUGGACGUGGACGUGAACGUGGACGUGGACGUGGACAUGGUCGUGGAUGUGGACCUGGAAAGGAGCGUGCCUGGAACGUGCCUGGUCCAGGAGCUUGCCUGGUCCAGGAACGUGCCUGGUCCAGGAGCUUGCCUGGUCUAG